CCCCCCUCCAGAGCCGGCUCGCGGUUCCUGCUGCCGCCGCUUCUUCCCUCAGAGGGAGCGCCCAGAGCGAAGCGCAUGCGCCGUAACUGCUCCGGCGCGCGCGCGCGCCCCCUUAUUCACUGACCGCACAGCGCACGUAAAAAAAACCAACAAAACCCGGAAAGUGGGCGGAGCUAGCCCAGAAUAAGAGGAGGAAGAAGAAGCGACGACGGCUGCGGCGGUUUCCGCGCGUGCGCCCUCGAGCCGGCGCGAGGAAGCGUCCGUCGGUUUUUUUUGUUGUUGUUCGUUUCAAAUACUUCGGCGCGUGCCCUCCGCUUGCGCGCAGGCGCGCCCAACGAACUUUCGGGGGAAGCCCCGCCCCCUUUGUAAAGCCCCGCCUACUCCUCCGUCUUCCUCCUUCGCCUCAGGUUCUUCUCCUCAGCCGCCGGGGGCUUUGGAAGCGAGAAGGUGGGCUGAGGGUAGAAGGUAAACGCCUCCGCGAGGCCUCGCCCGGGUUCUGAGGUGAUUUCGGGGCGCCGCCACCCCCACCCCGGCCUUCCCCGCACCUGCCGCUGAGGUUGCCUCCAUCCCUCCUUCCCUCUCGCAGGCCUUCUCGGGGACCGGGGGGCGGAGGAGGUGUGGGGAAGGGAAGACGCCCCCCUGUUGCCUGAAGUGGGUGAGCCCCCGCCGACCCCUGGCUGUGGGGAGGGCCCAGCAGCAGCAGCAGCAUUGGGGAAGCCCGCAGCAAGGCCCUCUGAAAGUCCCCCCCCCCUCACACGGGCCAGGGAAGCUUGGCCCCUUCGUAUUUUUAUUUAUUUAUUCAACACUGGCAAAGUCGUGUGUGGGAACCUUCAUCAUAUUCUGUAUAUUACAGAAUUGUUGAGUUUAUGCUGUGAGAUCUAUGAGUGAAAGGCGGUACGCAAACUUAUUAAUAUACUGUAAUAGUGCUGGAUUUACGUGUAAGCUAAACAAGCUGUAGCUUAGGGCCCCCCUCCCAUAAAUUUCACUAUUAAUAUACUUCUUAAUUGUAUUUCAGUUCAACAAUUACUUUGAUAAAAUACAUACAGUGGUGCCCCGCAAGACGAAUGCCUCGCAAGACGGAAAACCCGCUAGAUGAAAGGGUUUUCCGUUUUCAAUGUGCUUCGCAGGAUGAAUUUCCCUAUGGGCUUGCUUUGCAAGACGAAAAUGUCUUGCGAGUCUUGAGAUUUUUUUUCCGCUUUCCCCCCCCUUUUUCUAAGCCGCUAAGCCUUUAAUAGCCUUUUAGCAGCUAAGCCGCUAAGCCUUUAAUAGCCGCUAAACCGCUAAUAGCGCUAAGCCGCUAAUAGGGUUGCUUCGCAAGACGAAAAAACCGCCAAACGAAGAUACUCGCGGAACGGAUUAAUUUCGUCUUGCGAGGCACCACUGUAUAUUGUUUCGUGCAAAUGGCUAUAGAUACCCAUUAGAUGCAUAAAUUACCAUAUAGCAUAUACAGUUAUACCUCAUGUUACGUUUACUUCUUUCAGGUUACAUCCCACGGCAACCCGGAAGUACCGGAAAGGGUUACUUCCGGUUUUUGCUGCAUGCGCAGAAGCGGCAAAUUGCAACCCGCGCAUGCGCGCACACGCCGCUGCAGGUUGCACGCUUUUCAUGUUGCGAACGGGCCUCUGGAAUGGAGGCCGUUCGCAACCAGAGGUACCACUGUAUUCAACACAAAAAACAGUGACAAUUUGUUGUUGACAAAGGACAGUGGAACAUAUAAAGGGCCCCAUUACCUUCAGGAGCUUAGGGCCUCAUCAAACCUAAAUCCGGCCCUGAUAAUAUUAAUAGUAAUAGUAAUAAUAAUAAUAGAUCCAUAGAAUAACAAGAUGCGUCCUUCCACCCCUAAGAGACCAUGUACACUACCCAGUGAUCCUUGGAACAUAAAAGUGGUGUAUAAAUGUAAGAAAUCUAUAUAUGGAAGAGCAGGUGCAGAAUUAAUCGUUGAGAAGUAAGGUCAGCAAUGGCACCAUCCAAAGUGGGUAAGAGACAGCGUAGCGCUAAGGAUGUAAAUAAGUUUAAUGAUAAUGACACACAGAAUGGAGAACUGGACCAGAAUUAACAAAGUGAUUUUCAUAGAAUCAUAGAGUUGGAAGGGACCCCAAGGGCCAUUCCUGCAAUGCAGAAAUCUCAACACUCGGCCCCCAAUCCAAUUUGAAACCACACCAUGCCCUGCUUAGUUUUGCGAAUACGUGGGAGUUACAUUCCGGGGAUCAUGUCUAAAGCCAAAAUUGCAUAUAGUCAAAACACAGUGGGCUCAAUGGUGAGUGGAUUUGCCCAAGUCAUUUUUCCUGUAACCCUGCAACCUUUUUAAUUUUUUGAAUGGGCACAAGUUAAAUGAGUGGAAGUUGUGGGCUUGCCGUAAUUUUUUUUCUUAAAUUAAUAAAAUUAAAACAUACACUUGUUAGGGUUAUAGAGGUGCCACUCAUUGCCAAUGCUAGUUAAUGUAUGCUUCGUGUUUUGUUUUAUAUUAGGGAAAGCAAUUCCAUGUGGAAAAUGUGCUAUCCAUUCACACACACGUUUAUGUGUCUUUGGGGACCGGUGAUCUCGAGUACAAUUGAUAGCCAUCUUUUCUCUUCAGUGCCAAUUUAACACAUACUUAUUUGCCCAGGCAUUUCCACUAUACAACAGCAUAUUUAGUAAUAAUUGUUUUAAUAUGGUGUUUUAGUGAUGUGUUUUAUCCACUGUGGCUUAGCGGUAUUUUCAUGUGAUCUUUUUAUGCUGUCACUCACCCUAGGAUUGGUAAUAAUGAAGGUUGGUUAGAAAUGUGCCCCUGCCCCUUGCCAAUUCCCUGCUAUUUCCCCUCACAUUAACUCCCUUGAUCUUCCCCUUUCUACCCCAUGCAACCACUCAGCUUACUUUUCUUGACCUUUUGGGUUUUCCCUCAUGCAAAUCCAGGUUUGUGAUUCGGCACCACAAAUCAUCCAAUGGGGGCUGUAUGAUGACAGUCUUACAUUUUUAUGUAUAUAAGAAGAAAUGAAUGUGUGGAUUGUGAUGAUUAAAUGUUUACUUCCCAGGAGGGGAAUUUUUAUUUCCCUGUUUUCUUCCCCAUUUCUUGAGGGUGAAGCAUUACUGCUUUAUAGCAGCUUUCACCAACUGGAUAACCUCCAGAUGUUUUCACUGCAACUCCCAUAAGCCCCAGCCAGAACAGCUGAUGGACGUUAUAGUCUACAACAUCUGGAGGGCACCAGGUUGGUGAAGGCUGCUUAACAGUAAAUAACGGAGUAUGGAUAACACUGUACCUGGUAAACAUUGUCUAGUGUUUUGAAUCUGAUAAUAACAUUAUUAUUUCUUAGGAAAAAAGUGAAUCACAUUUAUUAUUGUGUGUUUGUAACAAACUUCUAAGGUAGGUCAGCACUGCUAAUGUGCUGAAGCAGAAAUAAAAUUGAACCCUGAGGAACCCUGCAUUGAAGGGUAUCAUUGUAUUUUAAUAUUCUCCUGGAAGCCGCCCAGAGUGGCUGGGGAAACCCAGCCAGAUGGGCAGGGUAUAAAUAAAAAAUUAUUAUUAUUAUUAUUAUUAUUAUUAUUGGCACUCCCCAAGUAUCACCCUCUGGAAACAACCAUCCAUGUAGGACUGGAACCACUGCAAAGCGGUGCUACUGACCCCUACUUGGACAGUCAUUCCAGAAGAAUACCAUGGUCAAUGAUAUAAAAAACCCACUAAGGGUCAAUGAGAAUUAACACGGACACAUUUCCCCUGUCUCUCCUCCAACAUAGGUCAUCAUUCAGGGCAAGUAAUGCAGUUUCUAUGCCAAAACGGCCUAACCCCUGAUUGAAAUGAAUCUAGAAUAUCUGUUUCCUCCAAGAGUGCCUGGAUCUGUUCUGUGACCUGACAAAUAAAUAAUACCCCAAGGAUAUGUGAGCUCUAAAGUGGCAGGGGCUUUUCAGUAAUUGUUCCAGUGUUAGAUCUAUUGGAAAGAUAUGGCAGCCUGACUACUAUGGAACUGAAUGACUUUGAACUAUCCAUUCAGGCUGACAUGACGAACAGUUCUCUGUCAUCUCAAAUUUAUUGCAACAUGAUUUUUGUAGACACACAAAAUGAUGACACACAAUAUGAUGCAGGUGUAGAAUCACAUGUUGCAACAAACUUCUAAACCUUCAGUUGGGUCACGGCCUCUUGUUUUUCCACAGCAGGCCUAGCAGGGCUGCUCCUUUGGCAUUCUUUCAUUCUAAAUUGAAAGGCACUGAUUCAUAGAAAACCAGGAGUUGGGUGGGUAAGAAUUAAGACCAAGCUAUACGCAGGUGGUGCUGUGGGUUAAACCCCAGAGCCUAGGACUUGCCGAUCAGAAGGUCGGCGGUUCGAAUCCCCGCGACGGGGUGAGCUCCCGUUGCUCAGUCCCUUCUCCUGCCAACCUAGCAGUUCGAAAGCACGUCAAAGUGCAAGUAGAUAAAUAGGUCCUGCUCCAGCGGGAAGGUAAACGAUGUUUCCAUGCGCUGCUCUGGUUCGCCAGAAGCGGCUUAGUCAUGCUGGCCACAUGAGCCGGAAACUGUACGCCGGCUCCCUCGACCAAUAAAGUGAGAUGAGCGCCGCAACCCCAGAGUCGGUCACGACUGGACCUAAUGGUCAGGGGUCCCUUUACCUUUAUACAUUAUACAGGCAAUCCACGGUUUGCGCAGGGGUUGCAUUCUGGGUCAUCAUCCGUGGUAGCAGAGCGCAUAUAACCACGCCCCCUUUCACUGCCACUUCCUGGUUUGUGGCGAUGCUUAUGUGCUUUGAACAUGCGCAAAAUGGUCCUUGCCUAUAUGCCGAUGCAUAUAAUAGUAGACUUAGAGCCUACGUAGCUAUCACUGCUUCCCAGUUCCCAUUGGAAGCAGCAUUCCUGGAACUAAAUGGGUUGUUGGGUUGCUGUUACGUUUCUUUGUGUGUAAUAUAUAAGGCAGACUUUAGUUUGGUAAAACAAACUUGUAACUCAUUAAUGCUGAGACACUGAUGAUAAGAGAAUCUAUGGCUACUUCCUUUGUGAGUACCUCUUGCAGUUAGUUGGGUGAAAACAUGAAAAAUAGAGCUUCAUGUCCGGCAUUCUUUAAAAACCCUGUUUCGCUCAGAGUUUCCAUGGAACCUCCAGACAAUCUCUGUUAGCAGUGUCUCAGUUUGAAUGCAGUAUGUACAAUUUUUGUUUCUUUUGGUGUAACUUUCCUGUUUAAGCCAUCUGCUUAGGGUAGUCCCAGUGUCCUCCUCUGAGACAUAGAGUAAUGGUAUUUAGGGUUUCUCAUCUGGCAUGGCUCACCUGACACCUUUAAGAUCAUUUUGCACGAGUGAUCAGCUGUAGUGUGGUCUGCAUGUGAUACCUGGGAUAGUAAUAGUAUACUAGGUUCUGCAACAUGACUAGUCAAAUGGUAACUGGCUCACAGAUGAACAGUGACUCAUGAGAGCCAAGAGUAUAUAAUAUCCAGUGUUCUCCAGAGACACUUAAUUUCCUUGUGUUCUUGGAAGGCUAGCAAGUAUCUGCUGCUAAGAGAUUGGACAAUUUUUGUUUGACUCUGAAAUUAAAAGAAAACUCAGUGACAUGAAAAUUUCAGAGAUGACAGCCUUAAAGUGGUUGUCUGAAUCAACAUCCAGAGAAGGUAACAUUGGGAACAACAUAGUUACAGAUGUAUGGAAACAUAUCUUGCAAAGUAAUUUGUGUGUGUGCUUGUAAACCAUACCAGCAUGAAACACUGUUUAUAGAAGGCAAAAUGGCUAUGAUUGUUGGGCUUGAGACACAUGUAUAUUGUUUUUUGAGCACUUGAUUUCUCUAAUGACAACUGUAAACCAAAUAUGAAUUGACUAUUGAAAAAGACUACAUUUGCUGGAACUUCUGUUGGCAUUUAUGUGUGAUGGACCAUUCAUUCAUUUUUGUGUUCAUUCUGGGAAAGAAUAAUACAUACAUGAACUAGUCUCCUGUGUAUGUUUAGAUGUCUCCAGGACUGACAUUAUUUGAACAGGUUCUCUGUGUAAGAAUUAUAUAGUCUUGUUUAUUGGAGACUAGAUUACUCUUCCAGAAUUUUGUGCUAUGUUUUAUGUAAUAAUUACAGGCAGUCAUUAUACCUUUUAAUUUACUUAAGUAUUAUUUUCUGCUUGGGGUUGUCAGGAUUGUUUUGUGACUAGGGCAUCAGGGUUUUGUUAAUGGAUUAUGUUAAGGUGCUUCCAGUUAAAAUAGUUUAUUAAACCCCCUGAAAACCUUGCUUCUAGAAUUGGCAUGAUGGUCAAAUAAUAGGCGAUCAGAUAUCAUUGAACAUGCCAUGAAGCUGAUGAUGCUUGAAGAAAUAGAUUGCUGUCUAUUCAGCAAAAUACUGUAGUGACUUUUGCAUUGUUUUGAAUAGUUUAUGUUCUAUUUACUUCUUUUUAAAUUAAAGCAUCUUAAAAUAGGCUUUCCUCUGCUCUCCCAUACCUCCUCCAAGGAAUGUCUCUUCUGAAAUGUUGCCUGUUCUGAGAUGUGCAUACAUCAUCAAAAUGCUUUUCCUUCUUCUGAACAACUUUGAUUCAUUUGCAAAGACCAACAACCCUGUAGGUCACAAAGUACCGGUACUUAAAGGCUACAAAGGGUGGACCUGCCUCUAAUGGAGGUUAACAAUGGUAAUAGCCUUUCUUAUCAAAUGAUAGCAACAACACUUAAGAUAUUUUUAUAUUACAUAUAAUAUAAAAAUGCCCUUGACCAUACUGCCCCACCCGCUAGUCCCAGCCGAAAAUAUUAAUUGGUAUACAAAAUAGAAAAAGAGACUAUUUUACACUCAGUUGUGUGCAAGUCCACAGUUUGUUUUGUUUUGUGAUACACCAAGGGGAUAUAGUUUAACAUCGUAAGCCAUAGUUGGAUCAGUGGCAUCGAACUGCAAUAAAAGAAUACAACAGGAAGAUUUUCUUUUUCAUAUUGGCAACUCAGAUAAUAGCUUGCACUGUGCAAACUUGUGUAGAUUAAAUUAAUGGGCACCAUAUGAAACAUAAAUGUCAUUUUAGAUCUUCAUUGAGUACAGCAUGUAAAUUGCAGUGACAUGUAACCUUUCAUAGUGAUCAAUCAAAAGCUUAUAAUAGACUAUUAUUCAUGACAUAAUUAUUCAGUGUCUUGCAACAAGCAAGGCCUUGAAAUUGUUUAUUAGGCUAGGCAGUGGCUAACAAAUUGCAAAUAUAAUAACAUAAUUGCCUGAAGAGCCCCAGUUAUUAGCUUUGACUUACUGUGAAUCUUCAUGUGGGAGAAAGAAUACAGUGGACUUUCCAUAAUGGACAGAAACUUUUUACCCCUAUGUCUCAUAAUACUAGAACUUGGAAUCAUCUACUGAAAUUGGCAGGCAAUUCAGGACAGAUGAAAGAAAAUACUUUUUCAUGUAACACGGCACAUAAUCAAUUUAUAGAACUUGCUUCCAUAAGAGGAGAUGGCCACUGGCUUAGAUUUAGAUGGCGAUUCAACAAAUUCGCAAAGAAGAGUUUGGUCAGUGCCUGUUAGCCACGCUGGCUAAAGGGACCCUUCACAUGUGGAGGCAUGUUACUGUUGAACACAAAAUAUGGGGCGGGGGGAGAGGGUUGUUGCCUUCAUGGCAUGUUUUGUAGGUUUUAGCCUCCCAAAGGCAUUUGGCUGGCCAGUGUUGGCAACAGAAUGCUAAGCUACACAGGCUUGAUCUGACCUAUUUCAUUUCAGUUAAAAUAUUUUUCAACUACCCUUGUAUGUUACUUAAGUUAUAAAGCAACUGCUGCCAGCUUUUCUAGACCUAAGGCCCACCAUUCAUUUGCGACAUGAGAUUCGCUUUUAAUUUAUCUCCAGUCUUAUUACUCCAUUCUACUCAAGGUCAGGAUAGUUCUACAUCUGAUGAAGCAGACUAGUCUGUGAAAGCCUAUCCCAUAAUUAAACUAUUAGUCUUUAUGGUGCCACAACACUUGUAUUUAUGGAACACACUAACUCAGCUAACCCUCUAAAACUUGUGUACAUCGUACUAGCCUACAUUCUGCUUAAUAAUGAGUGUUGGCAGCAGAACAAGGCAAGUAAAAGCAAGAGAAGCGAACACACAAUAAAAUAUUGUUUUGAUUUAUUAGAUUUGUAUAUUGCUUCAUACUAAAAGUCACAAAGUGAUUUACAGUACAGUGCAUAUAAUACAAUAAAACAUUAAACAAUUCACAAUAUCAGUAUUACUCAAAACACACCCUAAAGCCAGGAUUAUAACACUAUUAUUAAAGCUGCCUGUAUGCCUAGGAGGAUAAAAACAUUCUUAUCUAGUGCUGAAAUGGUAGUAGUCAGUGCCAGACAUGCUUUACUGGAGAAGAAAUAUUGUGGAAAAUAUAUUUUGUUUUUCUUAAAAGAGUGUGCCACAUGGCAUCCUUCUGUUGCUUUAAUCCUAUAGGAUCUCAUUCUGUUCUCUGCCAAUUUUUGUCUUUCUGGUGGUUUUUUUACCAGUUCUCUCUUGAUUUUCUCAGGAGAUGGCAUCCUGCAACUAAUGUUAGGUUUUGAUCUCUUUGUGGGUUAUAACCCACCAAUGCAAGGCCAUAUAAUGGUCUGCAAUCCUCCUGUAUCUUUGGCAGAAAGAAGGGUGUGGCACCACCCAUUCCCUUCUCUAGGUCUUGCUUAUAUUGUCUAAUGCCUGUUGAUGUGGCUGUUUAGAUUAAAUCAUCUAUUUACAGACAACCCCCUCAUUUACGUAGGUGUUGUUAAUAUUUUUAUUAUUUAUUGAAUUUAUGUACCGCCCUAUACCCACAAGUUAUGUUCCAAGGCACCGUGUGUUUAAGUGAAAUCACAUAUAUUUGAAACCCCAUUGAAAAAGCCUGCAAGCACCCAAUUCUGUCCCUUUUUGUGAUAUUUUUGGGUCACUUCUGGGUUCAGCGCAAAGCGCUUGUGUGCAGUUGCACGCAUAUUGAAUGCUCGUUAAUGGGGAGUUGCCUGUAUUUGAAAAGACUUUACAUCAGGUCCUCUUCACGCACUGCAGAUGUGGUAGAAUUAUUACGUUUUUAGAGAAAAUUUUGGUGUGUGUGUUCAUAUUAGGCUUCAUUACAGUUUGUGGUCAGAAUUAUUUGUGCAUCCAUGUGGGGUUGUUUGUGACUAAAAGCAUCAGAAAGGAAUCACUAAAUUAUUUAUUUAUUUUAUUUUUAAUGUUAAUAGACACCAUACGUGUAGUGAUGAGCGAGGCCUCUUUGGUUCAGUUGAGAACUGGGCUCAGCAAACUGAGUUACUAUCCUCAUAAUAAGUUUACUUGAUUGAUUAAUUCGUGGGCUAAUUUGAGCCCCAUUGUAUUCCAAAUGGCAUAAGUUGAUGUGCAAAGGAGUCUGACUCUCUUUCCCCACUGCUUCACUCUGUGAGCCAUUAGCUCAGUUGGUAGAGCAUGAGACUCUUAAUCUCAGGGCCAUGGGCUCGAGCCCCAUGUUGGGCAAAAGAUUCCUGCUUUGCAGGGAGUUGGACUAGUUGACCCCGGUGGACCCUUCCAACUCUACAAUUCUAUGAUUAUGUGAAAUCCCUCUCUGCAUCUCCAGAAUUCAGAACCUCAAACUCCCCUAUGAGCACCCCAAAUUCCAAAUGUUGCAGUUGCUGAUGCUUCAGCAGGAUGGGGGUUUCAGAUUAUAUUUUAUUCCCUCUAAGCACCUCUUUCCUUUCUUCCCUGGCCCCUGGAGUCACUGAUACAACAGCAUCCUUGUUAUCUGUGAUAUAGCCCUAGCAGGGUUUUUUCAGGUGCAAGAGAGGGGGAAUAAAAGACCUAGGGUUAGUGACUGGGAGCACAGAGUUAUUCUCUGGUUUAGAUUUCAUUCUGUGACUCAGAUAGCAGAGGGGAGUGUUUCAGUUCUGACUACUGGUGUGCUUUAUCAGCAUAUCAAAUUUAUAUUAUGAAUCGGGGCUGUCCAAAUUUUGGCAACCAAGUGCAGCAGUGAACACACUUUGCUUUGCUUUUCACAUGCUAAGUAGAUAAAUGCAGAACUGACACCCUUUAUCAGAUAUGGUCACUGAGUAAUAGAAUGGAUGUCUGUGCAUAUAAUCAACUCAGGUGUGACAUAAUUACUACAGUUAUUACCACAUAGCUUGGGAAGAAAACCAGUAGCCUUUGUCUAUAUGGAUGCCGCCCUAAUUGCUUCCUACUACUCAGCAUGGAAAAGGUAAAUGUCACUUGGUAGCUGUGCCAAGAUAUUUAUAGGUUCUAUUAUAAUCACAACUCUUGUCUCCCAAAAAUACUGUCUUUCUCUUUUUUAUCAAUAGAGCAUUUUACAAAAGGUCUCAGGCUUACUCUCUGGCAUCAGUUGUUAAAAGGUUCUCUGGUAGUAGUUCUGGGAAACUAAUGUCCACUGGGGCUUUGAAGAGCUACUGCCAAUCACAACUGGGCUAUGUAGACCAGUAGUUUUACUUCGAAUAAGGCAGCUUCUCAUAUAAAUAACACCAUGCUUACAUACCAAAAUAUCAACCUAUUACAGUUCAUAAUUGAGAAAUGCUAGUUUCUGAGUUCAUCUGAGAGACUUCAUAUUGCAAUUGAUAAGGAUCCUUGUUCAGAUUUAGUAUUAAUGGGUUCAGAUUUGGGAUCAGUGGGUUGAAAUUUCAAUCCAGCCUUGGAUUGUAUGUUUCAGUCCAAACCCACCCCAAAAUUAGGGAAGCGGGGGAAUAAUUUCACAGCAAUUUUUUUUACAGAAAAAAAAAUUAUUGGGCUAAAUGUCAUUUUGUUGUGUCAACAUGUCAUUUUGUUGUGAAUCGUGAAUUGCAUCAUUUGUUUGCUCCUUGUUUAGAAAUUGAUUGUUCCAUUUGCCUUGAGGAAGAAGACACAAGCAAAAAGGUGAUGAAUGAGGUCAUUCGUAUCCACACGUGGCCCUGCUCCUAUUACAUCAACUCUGAGAAACGAUGGAUUUCUGGCAAACUCUGCCUGACACCCAUUUCGGUCAGAUUUACAGCUGACAAAUCUGGAGAGGUCCUGGCUGACUUCCAUCUCUCUGGCAUCAGUGAGAUCAAGAAGGAAUCUUCCAACUUCAUCUUCAGUUCCCUCACUGUUUUGGAAAAGAGCACCAAGCACUGGUUCAGUUCCCUUCAGCCCAACCGAAAUGUUGUUUUCAAUAUCCUUGAGCACUUUUGGAGGGAACAGCUGCUCUCCUCGGAGGGGGCUGCAGCCGGGGCCAUUUGCCCCCAAACAUCCAAGGGGCAAGAGUUGACCGGCUUACUGGCAGGAUCUCAGAAACGGCUAGAAGACACUGCAAAGGUGCUUGAGCACCAGGGGGAACAGUUUGAUAACAUCAUGAAAGGGCUGGACAAGAUUGAAUCAGAGAUGGAUGUAGCAGACAGGUAUGGUAACACACAACUGACAUCGGAAUGAUUCUUUUACUUGCACACUCAGGUCCUUUGUCUUCCUUUUGUGAGGAAACAAACCAGAAAGUCUUCAAUUAGCCAUAGUUCUCUGUUUGUCCAAAACAGGAAACAGUGGUUAACAGCUUCAGAAGAAGUCAGAAUAGUAAACCAUGGAUUGAAUGUGACUGAAUAUCCUGGCUUGUUCCAAAGCUGAUAACCACAGUUUCUUUAUUUUAACAAAGUAGGAAACUAUGGUUUAUUAGAGACUUCCUUAUUAAAUCAUGGCUCAUGUGAAUGGGUUUUGUGCACAGGCAAAGUUUAAUUCGUAUCUCUGCUUGUUAGGUUAAGAUAUGGUAGUCUGUACUAUCCCUUUGUGUGAUCCAGCAGGCCCACAGUUAAACUUUUAAAAAAAUAAAGACAAAUUCCUGGUUUGGUUGGUUGCAAAGUUUUGGAAAACAUAGCUGAAUAUGUACAUAACCAGACAAGAGAGAGCCAACUUAUCAGCUUGGCCCGUGAUGAAAGAACUAUUUUAGGCUCACUUUUUUAGAUCUUAUACAAACACUUUGAAUUUUUUUGCUUUUGUUUCUCAUUGUGUCCCCCCCCCCCCAUUAGUUGAUGGCUGUAUCAUAUUACAAACUAUUUUUAAAAUACCUCUUGGUUUCAAAAGCAAUUUGCCACAUGGUGUAGGUUAGGUAUUAUUGGAGAAACAAGCCCACAGCACCAUUGUGCCUGUGGAACUAGGCAUUCUGUUUUUAAUUUAAAGGAAUAAAAUCUUAACAGUGGAGAAAGAAGUUACUUGCCCAAGUCCAUUUCAGGAGUUGGUGGCUGGGUUGGCAGAUGAACCAAAGGACUGGCCAGAUUCAAAAUGCUUUCACUGGAUGAUGUUAGCUCCCAGAGGAAGGAUAGGUAUUCGUAACAGGCCAGAGUCUCACCUGGAUGAUGUCGUGCAAAGGGGCCAAUCGGAAAAUAGUUUGUGUGUUACCUCAGUGAAGUGCAAGCUGAGUAACCUUUCAGGAGUAAUUCCACAAUCAUACCACAAGGGGCCAUUCUGAGUCUGUUGCCAGACUGGGAGGACGCAAGGAAAGGUUUUCUGAGUCCGAGAAACUAAUACUUGCAGACAUAUCUAUAACAAAAGCAGAAUUCUGUUGAUGCAUUUCUUUGGUAGUAGUUUGAGAACUAUUUUGUUAGACACAGUAGAUCUACCCACUGAAUUGACUUCCUACCUUUCUGGAUUUUUUAAAAAAAGUUCUCCCCCUGGUGAGAUAUUUAAUUGGCUUUUGAAAUCGGAAACAACUGGCAUUUUCCGUCAAGUGGAAGCUGAAUAUGUUUUACAGUGAUUGCACCUUUAUUUCCUUGUGUUCUUGAGCAAUCUCCAAACUCCAAAUUAAUUAAUUUAAUUUCGAUUUGAGGUUAACUGUGGUUCUACAGGUUUAAUUUGGAUUAUUCAAGAUUAAAGAAAUACUCGGUUUCAACCUUCUUGGCUAGCUUCCUUCUUCAGAAUUGCUGCCUGACUCACCAGUUUCCAAACAGGAACAUUUGCUAGAAUAUGAUGUAACUUGGGCUUUUGACAAAUAAUUCUUAGCUGUGGUUCACCAUGUGUAAAAUGAGAAUAACAAGAACAUUCAAGGGUUGUUGUGAAUAGACCCUCCCAUCCCCAGUUGGCUGAGUACCUGUGAUGUCAUGGAGCAUUCAUAAACAUUCCAACUUCUCACAGUAAAGGUAUUCCCAAGAGACAUUUGUCAUAAAAGUUAGCUUGGGAGAAAACUUGUCCCGAGGCCUAAGGACAACAGUUGCUGUUUGGCAGGGAGAGAGGUAGGGAAACAGAGCUGAAAAACUGGAUAGGAAGAAGGCCCAGAACAAGGAGAGUUGAGGGAAAGACGAAAGGAAGGGUGAGAGAUUAGAUGUGGGAAAAGGGAAAACCUCACAAAGAAUCCUGGGAAACCAUACAGAACUCAGAUACGAAUGUUAAAGCAACUCAGAAAAUUAGAUGUUGUUACUGCUUGGUGUUGCUCGCCUCUCCAAGUCAGAGGAGGAUAUCUUCACUUGCUCACAGAGCUGUUCGACUUUACCAGUCAUCCUUGGAAGCUUCAAAACCUCCCAAGAAAUAUUAUAAUACAAUGGUACCUUGCUUCUCAAACUUAAUCCAUUUUGGGAGUCUGUUGGACCCCUAAACUGUUCAAAAACCAAGGCGCGGCUUCCAAUUAGCUGCAGGAGCUUCCUGCACUCAAUUGGAAGCCGCAGAAGCUGUGUCAGACAUUCGGCUUCUGAAAAACCUUCUCAAACCAUAACACUUACUUCUGGGUUUGCGGCGUUCAGGAGCUGAUUUGUUCGGGAGCCAAGCCGUUCGAAUACCAAGGUACCACUGUAAGAAAUAUAUAAAAACUUAAUCUGGCUAAUGACUAGACACUAAAAGCUAACUAAAAACAAACUGCAGUCUUCAGAGCUCAAAGGAGAUGCAGCCUUCUCAUGGCCAUAUUGCAUUCCCCCACCCCCACUAUACAGAACAGGCAGGCAAAAAUGUUUGGUGCUCUUUGAUUUAGGCAGGGCAUUAGAGGGGGAAGAACUGAAUUUCACAUACUGAUCUUUGAUUUCAGGCCUGCAAUAUACAUAAUGAUUAACAACCUCAUAGGGGAAAUGGCGUACUAGACUGGUCUUGAAUAUUCCAGUAAUGUCGGAACAAAUGCUUACCAAAAUAAAUGGUAAGGAUAGAUUCCAAAACCAAGGCAGUAUUUUGUAUGACUAGGUUUACAGUGCCAAACCAAGAGAGAUUCUCUUGAGUUGUGCAACUAGGAAUGCAUAGUUACAGAUGCAGCCUCUUAAUGUUUGCAGCCCUAAGCACAACCUGUUUCCAGAUUGAUUUUCAAUUCCAGAGCUUUUUCCAAGCAACUGUUUGCAGUCUCAGUCAGUGGUAGAUGUAGACUUAGUAGCCUGCAAGCCCAGGUGUAUACACAAGUAUUGCUCUCUCUUCACUACGUGCUUGAAUUUGCUGUGCCUGCUCUUUGUGAUGGAAGUAUGUUUUAAGAACAGGUGCUUGGAAGAAUAAGGUUUUGUUUUAAGAACCAAUGCUGGACUUCAUAGCGAUUUGGCUCCUAGUUCAUCAGUGAAGCUUGUUGGAUUGGGGGGUGGGGCGGCCUUGAGCAAGUUGCUCUCUCAGCUUACUUUAUCUUACAGAUCCUCCACCAAAAGAUGUGAUGAUGGAUGGCAGCUUAAAUGUCUUUAAAAAUGGAAUGGAAAUGCUAAUGGAAGGAGGGGUUCUCAGCAACUAUUAGCUCUAUGAUGGAAGUGCUGUGGACAGUAAAAGCGGGUGGCCAUCACCUUCAUGCCCUGCAUGUGGGGUAUUCUAGGAGAAUCUUGCAGGUUGUUGUUGGACCUAGAGUAGCUGGACCUUAGUCAGAUCCAGCUAGGCAGUUUCUGUUUCUUUUGCUGAAACUACACUUUUUCAAGGAAAAGUGUGUGAGAUGCCAAUAUAGCUUUCUGUUUCUGAUCAUGCUGUAUGUUUCUUCCUGUUAGGCUAUUGUCAGAACUGGAAUCUCCCGCUUGGUGGCCAUUUGGUAGCAAACUGUUGAAGGGGCCAUUAAACAUAAAGCCAAAGGAAAUCCCUGCCGUUUCUGAUUCUGGAAACAAGGAUGGAGUAAUAUUGCGAAUCCCAGUUAUUAUCACUGAAAGGACAGAUUCCAACGUCAAGCCAGGCAAACUCGCCCUCCUGGCUUCUGGCCUGGAGAUCAGCGAUUCCAACUCUCAGCUCCUUCACUGGUUUGACAAGAAGGAUGUAGACGAUGUCAAAGUUCAUACACCAUAUGAAAUAAGCAUCCGCCAGAGGUUCAUUGGGAAACCAGACAUCAGCUAUCGGCUGCUGUCAGCAAAGAUGCCGGAAGCCAUCCCCAUCUUAGAGAUGCAGUUCAGCAAGAAAAUACAGUUCAUGGAAGAUGCUUUGGCAUUUGCUGGGGCAAGGAAGACUCAUCAGGAAGAUGUUGGCGCUUCCAUUUGGCAAGCAGGUAAAGGGCAGAAAGAAGAUGAUCACUAAUCCUGCAUAUUAAUCAACAGAACUAACCAUCUGUUAAAUAAAUUUAGUGCAUUUAUUGAGAACACGUAUUAGCAAUAAUAAUACAUGGCAUUUUAGGAGGAUUUUAAGAGUAUUCAGAGCACCUCAAAUACAUCAUCUCAGUAAUUCUUACAACAAUGCAUUAAGGCAGGUUUGCAUUAAUAUCAGCAAUUGCUGAUGAGUUUGUGGCUGCAGUAGAAUUUGGACUAGGAAUUUGCUGAUUGUUAGUUCUCAAAUGUUUUGUCCUCCUUAGCCUAUGCAAAUAAUAUUCUUCUGGUAGUUCUGCAGUACAGUUUUAGAUGCAAGAGAGGACCACUGGGACAUUACUGAAAUAAUCUUGGAGGAAGCUCAGUGAAUGAAUGUCCUCCUUUCAUAGUUUGCUUAAACUGGAGAUUGCUAAGCCUUACAGAUAUCCUUACAUAUAGACCCAUAUUAACUGCUACCUCCAAACAUGGGUGAUGUAAGCCCAUUCCACAGCACACACAAGACCGGAUGGAAUCUACAUCUCCAGCCUUCUAUUACCAUAAUGCAACACAUCUUUCUGUGAAAUUCCUGUGUGUUCUUUUUGUCAUUUCCAUCAUUUCCUGUCUUAAUUACUCUAUGGAAAUUCCAAAUUUUGGAACUGUGAGUAGGCUGUUUUGAACAAUUAAGCACAGCAUUUGGGUUAUAUUACAGAAGACCCUGUGCAUCUUAGUCUUUGGUUGUGUGUUUCUUCCUUAAGCAGUUGGGAUGAAUCUGGUUUUGCAAAGACUUUGUUUUAAGAGAAUUUUCCAGCACUCAAAAACAUACAAUGCAAUCACAAGCCAAUCUGUUAAGAGGCUGUGCUCUGUUUUGCCCCAUGCUAAAAUUAGAUUUCAGCAGGGAUUAAAACGUUCUCUUGUUGACCAGUCGCUGAGGUCCAGUGCUUGGAAAAGCUUAUUAAUUUUAAAGGAAAUAACUCCCAGGCACCUGGCGGUAAAAUGUCAGCGUUAACAACUCAGAGGAAAAACAACCUGCUGGUUUUUUAAGCACUGAGCUACAUCCUGGCAAAUUGGUGUUUAGUUCCUGAUGUGACAACUGCUGUUACAUAAAGAACUUCUUUUGUGGUCCGGAUCUUAACUCUCUCCUCUUUCCUACUUCUAUAUUUCAGUAAGCUUUAUUUUUUAUUUUUUACACACCAACCAAAAAGUGUUUUUACUGUUAAGUAGGAAACAUUAAUAACAGAAAGCAAGAGGUGGUGGAAAUUUUGACUUUUUGCAAUUCCCCCAAAAGCUGCUCCAGUCAUCUUGCUUGUUCUUUCGUUCUCUAUAUUAUUUUGCCAUUGACGUUGCACUGCCACUAGAUGGUAGUCUACCACCACACCUUACCCGCCAGUGUUUUCUCUUCUCCAUCUCUUUUUACAUAAACAAAAAAUUAAUUUUCCUAAAGUGGUAGGGCAGGGAGGAAGCAAGUAGAUCUGUCUUUUUUAUUCACAGAUCAAGGCAAUCUAGAGACUUCUUGUAGAGUCCCUGUAUGAAGUGACACAUGGGCAUACUAUUGCUGCUUUGUAACUAGCUAUUGUCUGUUGAAUGGUGGGCUGAGAUCAAACUGUGAAUAGCAUGAAUUGUGUGCACUUGCCUCUUAGUUGAACAUAAUCUCUGAAAGAGCACUUCGUUUUACCAAAGUGACUUGUUCAGCUGUCAGAAUCAAGAGGCCCACAAUUUUAGGUGCAAAUUGCUAUCAUUCAAUCUUCUCUGGCAUUUUAAACCAGUAAUCUUAAACCUCUGGAAGCUGAGGUCCUUCUUUUUGCCCUAACCUGCAACACAGGUUGUCGUUAUUACUAUUAUUAAUAGUUAGAGCCAUGUAUGUCUAUCCUUCGACUGUCUAAUAUAAAAAAGUCAUUGAUGGUUCUGCUUCAAGUCCAGUCUUCCUCGGGCCAAUGGCACAACCUGUUUGUUGCAACCUGUUUUAAACUGCAGUGAGCAAAAUCAUCAAGGAAAUAUCGCAAAAGUAUUUUCGGCUUUUUAAAAAGCCUUGUGUCUGGGAAUAUCCCAGGGCAUUUGAGCCAUAGGUUUCUUGUUGGAAGUGGCAGACACUUUCAUGGAACAGUUCCCAGAAAGGAGAAUUGCACCUGAGCUGAAAUGCAUUGGCAUUGUCAAAACUUGAUUUGAUGAGGAUGCUUGGGUGCUACGGUUCAUUGUCUGGCUUCCUCCCUUCCAGAAUCCAGGUGUCUGCUUGCUUUUGCAGCCCGGGGGGGGGGGGACACGCUGGGGUCUGGGCUUAUACCAAAGUCACCUUAUUGAUCCAGCUAGCUCAGACGCCAGUCUUUCCCAGCUCUUCCUGAAGAUGCUGUAGGUUGAAGCGGGGACCUUUUUAUGCAAACAUGUGUUCUGUGGCCCUUCUCCCUGUUGCCACAGUGUAAGCACAAAUUAGAUUUUGCCAGAGAUACCAAUAGGACAAUAGGCGUACACGAACACCAAACUAGAGAGAAUGACUUGCCAAAUGCCACCCAGUGAGCUUCAUGACCAAGGAUGAGUUGACCUUGACUCUUUGAGACUCAAACCCCUCCUUCCCACUGCACCACACUGUGGCUUCCUGGGACAUCAGGUCAGCCUUUAUUCCAAGGUAGAAUUCCCUAGAACUGAAUAAUUAUUGAGAGACACCAACCUAGAGACUCUGGAGGAAGGUGUGCCCCAUAUUGCUCAGGGUAGUUAAUUUUGCUGCGCAUGCCUUGUAUUGUGAGGACACUUUUCAUACUUUUCGUAUGAAGGCACCGUGUAUUGAAUCAGGCUGCCAGUUCAUUCAGCUGAUGGUUGUCUGCUCCUGCUACCUGCAGUGCCUCCCAGAGUCCUGCCCAGAGGUUCUUCCCAGCCCUGCUCCCUGAGAUUUCUGGAGAUGUUGGGGAAUGAACCUGAGCCUCCCCUUGUUGCUCUCAUGUUUGUGAAAAUAAAUCAAAACUUGAUGAUAGGUGCAGAGCGUGAGGAAAUGAGGCAAGUGGAAGGAAUUAAAAACCAUUGUAUUGUUAUAAUUCUGAUAGAAUUUAGCCUCAAAUAAAAGUUUUGAGGCUCUUUGGAAUUCUUAACAUUUGAGGCUACCAAUCAUUUGUCAGAUACAGCAUCUUCCUUAACUUGGUGCUUCUGUACACACUGGGAAAAGUAUAUACAUAUUGUCUACUUUAUGUACACAUGGCAGGAAGCCACAGCACUUCCUCUUCCCUGGAAAAUGUACAUUGUCAGAAACAAGUUUGCAGCAUGUGCACAUUGCAAGUUCACAUGUACAUCUCAAAUGUUUGUGUAUCCUUUUUUUUAAAAAAGGUGUGAAAUGCCUACCAACGGUAUUGGCAAGUUUGCAUAUAUUGUGCUAUCUUCUUACUCCUCAACCUUGUAGGAGCCACAUUGAACAAAAUUUGAGUAUAUGUCCUCUUCCAACUUGGGUCCACUGUCUGCCUUAGAAAAAACUUGCCACCUCUUAUUAGGAAGGUAUAACAAAUUUGAUGGAAUGAAUUAAUUUUAUGCGGAGAGGAGCGACUUUGAUGGAUCUGUGUUGAGUCUCAGCUCAGCAACUCAGAAUGUGAGAUCACCAUCUACCCUAACUUAACCAGAGCUCUAGCAGAAUUCACAGUUGUCCGAGUAUGGUGCUGCCCUGCACUUGCCAUAUUUCCCCGCACUUGAGUCAUUGUGUGCCUGCUUCCCAUCCUGAACUUAUUCUUAUAAAGCAGUGUAUACCAAGCAGCUAAAGUUUUAGUAGAGGCACCUGAAAGGGGAAGUUGCAGAACAUCCCUAGCACACACAGAAACAAGUUUCAGCCAGUGUGUUACUGUGGAAAUUACAGUGUUACACCUGUACCAGGAGUUUGAUUCACUGGGCACAAGCUGAUGAUUUCAGACAAAGUUUAAAUUUAUACCGGUAUGAAUGGUUCUCUUGUAGCAGAUCUGCCUGGGUCCCAGCUCAGGAGCUAAUGCUGCGAUAACCAAAUAAUUCCAGGGGAUUAGGAGUUUGCAGUAAUUACUCCUGUGGGGAUUUAGAAGCUUUUAUUUUUAGCCGUAGCUUUUGUGUCUGCCUUUUACAUUAAGUAACACAAUCCAGAGCAGUGGAGCAGGCUCUGUCACAGGGCCAGACAUUUUGGCAUGGGUCCUUCGAAACCAAGAGCGAGCUUCAGCUUCCGACGCACUUUCUGGCCCGUUGCCCCACAGCUGUCGGGGUGGUGGAGGAUGCUAUAUGGCAGUGGCAGCUUCCUCUAAAAUGUGUUGUCCUCCUCCCUUCCAGCAAGGACCACAGGUUGGGGGGGGGGGUACUCAGAGCAUUUCAAGAACGAGAUACUCCUGGUGCUAAGCACCUGCAACUAUCUGCGUUGCAAAUAAUGCCCUUUAAUUGCCACAUUUAGCUGGUAUCAGAUGCCAUGAUAGGAGCCAGCACUUUAAAUAAACCACAGGUGGCUUGCUGUUUCAGGAGUCGCCACCUGCGUGCUACCAUGUGGAUUCACUCCGGGAGCCCCAAUAUCAUCCGGCUUACAUUUUUGUUCUGAGGUUGCCUAGCUGACUGCCUUUGCAAGUGGUUUUCAGAGGAUCUGCACCCUGCUGGUUAAUCAGCACUGAGGGAGAGGAGUAAACGGGCAUCAGCACUGACGUUAAGAGAAAAGUUAAUGCAGCUUUCCAAAUAAUAAAGCGAGGGAAGUUCAGAGUUGCAAUAGGCUACAGACAACUUGGGCCUCCUUUACCAAACGCCAAGAGGAAGAUGAGUCUUGGGCAUGAGAGGGGAGGGGGCUGUUUUGUGGGAUUUGCGCCAGGAUGGAAGUUGCGCCCCCCCUUUCCUGUUUCCCUUUCUCCAGAAAUGGGAGCGCCCAUCUCCCCUACAGGAUCUUGUACUCUGGGCUUGUUCAUGUACUCCAAGUCCUAUCCACCUAUGGCAAAGGCAGAUAGCAUGUGGACAUUAGCUUGGAAGUUAUAAGUGAGCACUGUGGUGUCGUCCACAUGUAUUACUUAUGCAUGUUGCCCAUUAAACCUUCAUCUAGUUAUUCAGAUCCAUCCCUGCUAGUUGUUCAUCCCUGGCCUCUUCCCACCAGCCCAGUCACAACCCACUUUUUAGAAUGCAAGCCACCCAGUGAGCUUGCCUAAUAUGCACAACGAGUGGUAAAUCAGAAGGUGACCUCUGCCUUUGCAGGAAGCCUUGUAGAUUUUCCUUUAGUGCACACUGCCCUACAGGAAAGGCCAUGAAUAAGUUUUUCCUAAGCAAGCAAUUGCAGGCCAUUGCCACCUCAGGAUAUGAAAACUAUAUUUCUGCAGCAGACGGAAGGUCUCUCAUCCAGUAUUCCCUUUUCAACAGUGGUGAACUCUGAAGCCGUAUGGGAAGCUCUUGCAUGGAGGGAGUAACCCCCAUGCUUAGCAAUUCUUGAUUCCUCCCCACCCUCGCCGCACCCAGUUCCAUCUGCUACAUGAAGUCUUGUUUGCAGUUAAUAGCAUGUUUUAUCCUGCAGGUGUCACUGUGUUGCUAUCUUCCCCCACCACCACCUCUUUAAGCAAGAAUACACUGGUUGAAAGGCGCACAGCCCUUUGCAAGUCUGUAGAACUGCCUGUUCUUUAGCACACAAAUGUGUUAAUGUAAUCCCCGUGUCAAGAUCUCCCACUCCGAGGAACAGCUGACUUUGACAUCAUGGUUCUGAGAAUUUUGCUGCCACAACGGCAUCAGCUGGUGACAUGGAGCCUGGGCAAAGAGGUGUCCAUCAACCCCCCCCCCCGGGUGAAAAGUCCUUCACAUUAUGGAGGGGGUGUGGGGUAUGGGCAUAGCUGUCAACUUUUCCCUUUUCUUGCGAGGAAUCCUAUUCAGAAUAAGGGAAUUUCCCUUUAAAAAAGGGAAAUGUUGACAGCUAUGGGUAUGGGCUCAAUACAGGGUUGCUGCUUUGGGUAGCCUACAUUUAUAUCAGUGUACAGUUGUGUCCAUGGUAUGUGAAAUGGUUACCCUAAUGAAUAGAAAGCUUUGGAUUUUUCCAAAUAAAAUAUGUCAAGUGCUCUUGUUUUUCUGGAUUCCAACCUGCCGUCUUCUUCUUGCAGCAACAGGACUGAUAGGAAACAUAGUGCAAGCUGGACCAACACCCUCCUCCUCGCGAGGAGCAGGAGGAAGCCAGCAGGCUCAGAUACAGAAGCAACAGCAGGUGGUUUCAGAGUCUGAAACUCAGGAACUCAAACAGGUACGUCAGCGUCAGUUCAGGCUGAUAGCAGGGUGGGCAGGCCAGCUUCUUGGUCUGCAGCAUACUUAUUACACUCCCAUUUUUCAACUAGGGACUCCCUCCUUUCUUGCUGUGUGGUUUGUGGAGCAUGGAGUAAAUGUCUAGAAGGGAGAUGGUUAACUUGUUUGUAUUGCCCAGCUAGGGUCUGGCUAGUUCUAACAUAGGAGCAGGAGGGAAGGAAAGUGUAAAUACUUGCUUAUUUCAAAUCAGAAUUACUCAGCAUAAAAAUGCAUACCGAAAUGGAAUGCAAGCUCUAUUAAAAAAAACCAUAGUUCAUUCAAACUAAUGUGGCCUCCAGCUCACAGCUGCCACAUACACUGCCUCUGCCUCUUAUCUGCCUGACAUUCCUGCUUCUUGACCUCCUGGCUCAUAAUUGCCCAGCCUCCUGUACUCUGGUUACACAUUCCCUCCCUUCCUGCCAACAAAACAGAGCCUCCCUCUCCUUAGAACCCAUGUGAAGGUUUUCUUUCCCCCCCACAGCCUCAAGGAAGAAUUCUGGCACAAAGCAAGCAGAAUCCCCUGUGAGGUAGGACAUUUAGCUUGAGGAAUUUUGUUGCUUCUUCACGUGCUGGUUCUAUAUUCCAGCUAUAUUCAGCUAGAGCAGAAAUGGUGGUAGUACUUUGAGCGAGUGCCACAUACUUGGUUGACCGAUCUACCCUAAUCUUACAAUAAUUAAGUGCAAUUUUGGCUCAGGCUCAUGAGAUACAGGAGAAGGAUUGGGGUUUGUUGAAAGAAUGCAAGUUUCCAGAGAAAUGUGACUAUCUAGGGCUUGACUAAGACUUUCCCGGGCUCAUGAAAAGAGCCUACUGGAUCAGGCCAAUGGCCCAUCUAUUCCAGCAUCCUGUUUUUACGAUGGCCAACCAGAUGCCAAUGGGGAAAUGAUGUCAGAGAAAAGGUUAGCCUUCCACUCCAUUUCUAAACCCCUUUUAUUCAAGCCGAGUUGCACCCAAACUUCCAACAGUGGGCUCUAGUUGCCUUAGCAGAGAAGUCCUAUAAGCUUUAUAGAGAAUGUUACCUUGGUCUGUCGUUGGAGGAAGGGCCAAUGAACAGGUGUGAGUAGCUGAGAGAGGGCACAUCUCCAUUUUCAUCCAGUUAGAGGUGGAUCACUGCAAAUUAGCAACUCAAAACCCAUUAAGUGUCUUCCUGCUGAGAGUUUUUCCUUUACCAGAGGCAAUGAAAUUCCAAGAAAUGAGGGAAUGGGAUGCACAGGACAUAUGAUGAGUGUUGAUAGGUACGGUCCUCUCCUGCUAGAAUGUAGAAACUCAUUCUGGUGCCCAUGUCUGCAGCUGUUGAUAGAGCAAUUCACAUGUUAACAACCCAGACCAUACCAUGGUUUACUCCAUGACUGUAUAGAUGGAUACUGAGAAAGUGGGAAUGAAUUGCCUUUGGACAAGUGCAAAAAGUGUUGUGGUAAGAAAUAGGUGUAUGCAGUUCAGUGCCACGGAGAAGGAAGCUGCUCACCAAUGUUUUCCCUGAAAGGCUUUUUAAUUGGAUCAUGCUGUUUUGGGGCUAAAUGGGGACACUUGUUGAAUGUCUAUAAUUAGCUGGUUUGCAUAAUAGAGUUUCCUUGGUUAAUGACAGAUUAUCAGAUUUUGGGGAGCUGAUUACCCAAUACAUGCUAUCAUGUUGUACAGUAAAAUGAGGUUUUCAGUUUUGAUUUGUAAUCCCUCUGUCCAAAUUAGAGUUUGAUUUUAAAAAAAGGGCAUUGAAACUUUUAGGAAACCGGUUGAGCCCAGGCUUCAAUGACCAGACAUCUUGUCAUCAUUUUACUUCACCAAAAUAGCCAUCUCUUUCUCUCUCCCCCAACUUGGCCCAACCUCAGAGUCAAACCUCAUUCUCACACAAAGCAGCCCUAGCUGCAAAGCUGCUGAAAGAGGAGGAUUUAAUCCAGCUGUUGUCAGCUGCUGGAAAAAAGAAUGGAUUUUUAUUUUACUCCCUUUUUAUUUUACUGAUGCUGCCUAUGCCUCAGUUGGUCAUUACAUUGCAGAUGGAAAAGUUAUUAAGGCAGAACAAAUAGAACUGAUGUUUUAGCUACUGAGGUGAAAAUCAUAGGCACACUUGACUGGAAGCAAACCUCACUGUACACAGUUGUAGUUACUUUGGAGUAAGCAUACAUAGGAAAUUCACUUACUAAUAAUUUUUAAUACUGUCUGUUCAGGUUGAAAUGUUUGUUAACGAUGCCUGGGUUUUUAUGUGUGUUUAUGUGAGAGAGUCCCUGCAUACCUGCACACAUGUUCAAAAACGAGCCAUUUUUUCUGGAAAGCAAUGUUGUGAAGAUCAGUGCCUAUCACAAAUAAUUGAUAUUGAGCACCAUAUCUUGUAUGUGUCAUACAUUGAAAUAAUAGGGGUUUGGGACUAGAAGACCCUUGUCUUGUCAGUCUUCUGAUAUUGAUCCUUCAUCGACAGAAUUUCCCUAUCUAUGCUGCCUCAUCCAGCACAAAAAAAUUAAUCAGCAGAUUGGUUUCACAUGCAUACAUCCACUCCCUCCAUAGUGGAAGACAGCCCUCUUAUCAAUUAAUCAGAGGAAUACGUUAUUUGGGAUUUUAGAUAAGCUCUAGGUCUCUUCCCACAGUGUAUUUUUUCUAUUCUCCUCACCCCGCAGUAAAGAAUCUGAAAGAUUUUAAAGUGUAUUGUGCUAAUUGCUGGCAAAGCUUUUAACCAAGUGUUGCUGAUAAAUUGAUCUUGGUGUCUUUUCUGAACAGAUUCUCCGGAAACUCAAGAGCCUGGCCUUGGAAACGGAGACAGAACUGGAAAGGCAGGACGAAGCCCUUGAUGGCAUCACUUCUUCUGUGGAUCGAGCCACCAUGAAUAUUGACAAACAAAACCGCAGAAUGAAGAAACUGACGUAGCGCCCCCGAGAAGCUGGUUGCAGAAAUUGCUGCUUGGAGCUCAAGCCAUAAGAUCUCCAAUGUUUGUGUUAGCUGACUGAAUUGCUGAGAGGGCUUAGGACUGGAAGAAACAAAUGCUGAGCAAUGGAGGUGAUUUUGAUAAGCCCCUUCUAAAUUGCAGUGAAGUUCUGCUAAAGUAUGAGGAGCUUAAUCUCUACUGCUGGAAUGGGGCAGUAUCCUGAUUUGUGGCAGAUUUGAGAAUACUUCCUUGCAUGCUCAUUGACUUUUUGAAAGAAAACUGCACUGUGAUUCAAGGGAAUGAAUAGAAUACAGCAGUGUGUUGGGGAGAAUCCUGAAGUCCACUCAUGGUAAUGUAGGCAAAGCAUGAUUUGCAAAUGAUGCAUUUUAUGACUAACAAUAAUUGAAAAUUUAGAAUAGCACUUUUAGUUGCUGUGUUUAUUCAGCCAUAAGGGAACUGACUUGUCUUGGCAGCAUGUGAUCAGUGAAUCACUAUACCUGCUGGAUUGGGGCCAAUAUUUAUUUAUUUAUUUAUUAAUCUCACAUUUUUAUCCUGCCUUUCCUUCAAGGCAGCAUAUAUGCUCUCUUUCUCCCUGUUUCAUCCUCACAACAGUAGGUUAGAUUGAAAGGCAGUGACUGGCUCAAGGUCACCCAGUGAGCUUCCUGGCUGACUGCAGAUUCGAACCCUGGUCUCCUGGGUCAUACUCCAGCACUCUUAACCACUACACUGCACUGGUGUAUCCAUAUUUUCCAGUUUUCUGUUUCCACCAGCAGUGAGUGACCCAGAUGCAGCAGCUCUUCCUUUUCUGUUACCAACAACUUUGCAUUUUUGAGAUAUACUACUGCUUCUGAACGUGGAGGUGCCAUUGGACUAUUGUGGCUAAUAACCGGACUCAAAAUGCAUCAGUUUGCCUAAUCUCUUUUUCAGGCCAUCUAAACUAGUGGCAAUCACCUAUUGACUUAAUUGGAAUCACUGUCAGUUCGUGCCAGUGAACUGGAAGUGAAAUCCUCUUCUAUUUCUACUGUCUUUUCUAAACAGAUACUUAAGAGGAAAAGCAUGAGGUGCCCCUCUUUGAAAAGCCAGUUUUAGAUGCCUGUGAUACAAUGUACAUAUUUAAUAUCAUUGAAAAAAGAAACAGCCACAAUGUUUGAACUUCAUUGUUCCUAUGGCUAUACAGUCUAUUUAGCUGAAUAUGAUUGAUUUAUUACCAAGAAUUACUUCAUAAAACAAGUUUUAGAUGUGAUGUAAUAGUUUAUAGGAAGAAUCCAAUCCUCCUUACCUUGGGUUUCUCUGGUGUUGAACACAGUAGUUCAGUGCCAUUCUAAAUUUACCUCGGCAUAACCAUGUGUCUUAUGUCAAAGCUAGUUCUAAAAGUUGAAUUUGCCGAUUUAUCGUUAUUCGCUCUGGACUUACUGAACUCUGUGAGAAACUUGGGAUCCAGAAGUAACAUUUGUGAAUUAAGUGUCAGAUUAAGUGUUUUCUCCGGCACCUGAAUUUGAAUUUGGGGGCAGUUUUUGCAAAGUUGAAAAAAAAAGCAGUUUUUGCAUUUCAGCCAGAAUACCCAUUAGGUUCUCUGAACUUCUACAGACAAAAAUGUGUUUUAGCUGUACUUUAAUAUUAUUCACAUGUAUAUUGCCUGCUAAUUGCACUUUUAGAGCAAAUUAGUUUGAAGAAAAAGUAAUGCUGUGCCAAAUUUAGGUGAGGUUCCUUUUCCAGUGCAUGGGGUGGGGGUGAGUGGAAUCUUUGAAAAAUCCUAUCCACUAUUCCCAAUAUUUUGAACUUCUCUUUUUUUGCAGGUGUUGUUAGCCUGCUUCAACACACACACUUUUUAAAAAUAAAAAAUCACACCAGAAUAAUAGAAUUUUAGAGCUGGAAUGGGCUACAGGGUCAUCUAGGCCAACCCAUCGCUUGCAGGAAUAUUAUGCCUAACAAGGGGCUCAAACUCACGACUCUGAAACAGGUGAUUCCUGCAUUGGAAGGGAUUGAGCUAGAUGACCCUCAGGGUCCCUUCCAACUCUACAUUUCUAUGAUAUUGUGGAUCAUGAGUGACUACACAGCCAAUCAGGGAUCACAUAUUGGACACAUGACUACUUUGCUGGGCUGAUGCUCCCUGUCUUGCUCUUGUUUGUUUAGUCGUUUAGUUGUGUCCGACUCUUCGUGACCCCAUGGACCAGAGCAUGCCAGGCACUCCUGUCUUCUACUGCCUCCCGCAGUUUGGUCAAACUCAUGCUGGUAGCUUCGAGAACACUGUCCAACCAUCUCGUCCUCUGUUGCCCCCUUCUCCUUGUGCCCUCCAUCUUUCCCAACAUCAGGAUCUUUUCCAGGGAGUCUUCUCUUCUCAUGAGGUGGCCAAAGUAUUGGAGCCUCAGCUUCAGGAUCUGUCCUUCCAGUGAGCACUCAGGGCUGAUUUCCUUCAGAAUGGAGAGGUUUGAUCUUCUUAUAGUCCAUGGGACUCUCAAGAGUCUCCUCCAGCACCAGAAUUCAAAAGCAUCCAUUCUUCGGCGAUCAGCCUUCUUUAUGGGUCUUGCUCUAGUUUUUAUCAUUUAUUACGCUCUUCACCCUAAGGUCCCAGGGCAGGUUGCAGCAUUAAAACACAACAUUUAAAGCAACUUGCAAUCAUAAAAAUAAGGUGGGUCCCAAAACAGUACACCUCAAGUGUGAAAAGCCAGGGUAAAGCAGUGCAUCUUCAGCAUUCAUUGGAAGCUGUACAAUGAAGGUGCCAGCCACUGUUAUGUGGGCAGGGAGUUCCACAGCUUAGGGGCCACCGCAGAGAAGGCCCUCUUCUGGGCCACCGCUCCCUGCAAGCCUUUAAGGGUGGAGGCACUACCAAGAGGGCCCCUCUGCCGAUCUCAACACCUGAGAGGUUCUGUAGGGAAGGAGAAAGUGUUCCAGGUAUUUGGGGCUUUCAUUCUGCAAGAUUUGCAACUUAAGAUGCACCCAACUUAAGAUGCAUAUUUGGUUAUGAUGUUGUCCAUUUGUACUAUAUUACUUUCAGCAAUGCUUCCUUCCAGAUGUGGAACCCCUAUCGCAUUUUGCCUGGCUUGUCUGCUGUUUACUUGACUAGAUUGGGAUGAAGGAGAACUGGCAACAAGGACAUGUUCCCCCUUCCUCAUAUUUUUUUGCAAAGGCAUGCCAAAAAAAAAAAAAAAGCAAGCCCCAAAGAGGUGUUAGUUUUGGGGGACAAAAGUACUCAUGGGACAUCUCCAAGCCCCAUUUUGACUCAGCGGUAAAAGGCGCUUUGGCAAAUUAAUGACUAGCUUAGUGUGGCAUGAGAUUUCACUGGCCCAGAGCCCAGCUCAUUGGUUUUAGAGCAUGCCAUUUUGCAGACUUGGAUGCUAUUUUAUCUGGUGAUUAUUUUGCAAUCAUGAUCUUUGUGGGACUGUGCCUUUAUUCAGUAAAGGGAGGUGGAAUUUUUUUCAAUUCUUGGUGCUGUAUUUCAGGCACUUACCAUGAGAUGCUUUGUUUCUUCAUUACACUAAUUAAGCAGCAGAGCCAUUAAACAUGUUUGGAAUGGUCAGCUGGAUGCAACAGCCUUGCAUCCUUUAGUGGUGGAUGACUUUGAGAUCUUAAGACCUCCAUGAUGAACCCAAAUCAUUGUGCCAACUUGCAAAUUUUUGAACUGUUUACUGCCCAUUCCGAUUUCCCACUACAUUUAUGAUUGGUUUGUACCUUUUGUAUGCCACACCUGAGGCUGUUGGCCUGCAUCCCAAACACUUUUCUAUCCAUAGUAAGAUGCAGGUUAGUUUAUAUACGGUCCAGGUGUUUUGCCAGCUUUGUAUUACUGUGAGAAGAAGCUUAUGUUUACAAUGUUUGUGUAUUUAAAUAUUGUUUCUAGCCAUCAUUUGAUAUGACGACGAACUAUAUUUUCACAUGAUUGAACGGUCUUGUGGGGAAACCACAUUUCCCAUGAUGCUUUACUUGUGAGGGCGGACAGAUCGCUUCUCUAUUGCUUACUGUAAAACGGACAAUGGCCGAUCCCCACAUGCUGCAUGGAUUUUAAGGGUUCAGAAUUUAAAGCAGAAUAUUUGGGGAAAGUAUCCUGAAUUUCAGGGAAUUAAGUGAAAAUUAUCAACUGAUGCCUGCUUAAAGGGAAACUUAAGUUCAUUUUUAUCCUAUGAAAACAACAACAACCCAAAACCUGCGUUUCGCAGUUGAAAUGAAUUCAGGGGUGGUUGUGAUUAAGCAACUGUACCCAAUGAUUUUGUGGCAUUCAGUUGAAAUUGAGGCAGCUUGGUAAGGGUGCAGAAUACAAACCCAUAGAAAGGAAUAGAAGCAGCAAAAGAGCUUCAGGCUUGACCUGUCUGUGACUUAAAUUGCAUAAAAUCAGGUUGUUCUAACACACUCAAAUAUAGAAAGAAUACCUGUACAUAGCACAUGCACUUUUAUUAAGUUAUGUUUAUCUUCUGUUGUUUUUUCUAACAUGGCCUUCUUUUUUUAUUUUUAUUUUUCAUGAGUUGUAUUUAGUUUUGCUAAUUUCAAUGACUGGGUUUGAAUUCCUUGACUUUGUGAGGUGGGGAGUGUCAUCAAACAACCUUGAUCGGCGUAUGUUCAAAAGGAUUUUCCAAGUUCAAAUUGGGGUGUUCAUUUGGCAGUUUGUAGCACAUUUCUUCCUGCCAUUAAAAUGGUGGCAUAUCUUCGAAUACCAGACUGUUUUUGCUUAUGGAAAGACAUGCUGGUGUUGGAUAACUUUUGGUAACGCUAGCCUGCAACCCUUUUAAAGAAUGGAUGCUUUGAGUGUCCUGCUCAAUUGUGUGCAGGCUCAGUUUCAUAAACUGCUAAAUGGUUUGGGACCUCAGUUUCAUGCAGGGCUUUCCCUGUCUUGUUUCCUUCUUCUAAUUCAGUGCUUCCCAAAAUGGGCAGUACCUCCCUCUGGGGGACAGUGGGAUUACCUAGAAGAGGUAUAAAUGAUUAUCAGACUUUGAAAAGCUGGUAUCACUGGAUCCAGUCCCUCAAUGUUGUUAAUUAAUUAAACUAAAUAGUUUUCAUUGGAUUUUGAAUAAAGGUGCAAUUAAUUGUU